AUGUCUGACAUUGCUAUGUUAGUUGCCGAGGAGUACGAGAGAAGAGUCAAGAGUUUAAAAACCACCGCCGCUGCUUCCGAUGGUGGUGCUGUAAAAACAUGGGAGAUUGACAUGUCUUGUUUUUCACUAUUGGUUUCGAAGAUGAAGGAGGAGAAGAAGCAACUUGUUCGGUGUAUAUUGGAACCCAAAACACAGUUUGCUGUUGCUGCUUCUAACAGCUUCUUUUCUGCUUGA